AAUAAUCUAUUGAUCAAAUAUGGCGGCUUCCAUGGAAGGUUCUAGUGACAAGCCUGUUCUAGAAACUCUAAAUCUGUCGACGUUCAGUGAUGUUGUUGAAACGGCGGAUCGAGAUGACAAACCUGCUCAACGGGAGGCAACUCUGUCUUGUCCUUGUGCUCUGUGCGACGACACCUUCAAUAUAGACGACAAAAAAGACCAUCUGCUUGCACAUAUGAUCAUGGCUCAUAAAUUUGUAAUUGCAGACGUAAACCUGAUUGCACAGUUUAAGAGGUAUAUACUGUAUUGGAAGAAGAGAUUUAAAGAGGAGCCUCUGAAAGACUUCUGUACCACAAUUGUCACAAACACAGGAACGACAGACAGAGCCCCCCGAGAGGAGUUCCUCAUGUUGAGUGAUGUCCUCCCUGAAGACAAGCAGCUGCGGGAGUUUCUGCAGAAAAAACAGCUGGAGGAGAUCCUCAUGGUGCAGCAGAAGGAGAGAGAGGACACCCAGUUCUCACGAAGCUGCCUCUUCUGCUCACAACACUUCCAGGGAAACAGGGCCGAGAUGUUCAAUCACAUGGUGCAGGACCACGCAUUUAAUGUCGGACAGCCAGAUAACUUGGUGUUCACAGAUGAAUUCCUAGAUAUCCUUCAAGGGAAACUAGAGAAGUUCCUGUGUCUCUACUGUGAGAAGACAUUUAGGGACCGACCCACCCUGAAAGAACAUAUGAGGAAAAAACAACAUCGGAAAAUCAAUCCAAAAAACAAGAAAUAUGACAAGUUUUACAUCAUCAACUAUCAGGAGAUGGGUCGGAGCUGGGAGACCAUCCAGUCUGAGGCAGACACUGCCGCUGAUGACGUUGCCGAGACGGAGACUGAUGAGGAGGAUGAGUGGUCUGGAUGGCUAGAGGAGGCUGGAUCCCAAGCCUUGUGUUUGUUCUGUGAGUUCUCCUCCAGCAUCCCCGACAGACUGCAAGCACACAUGGUGGAGCUGCAUGACUUUGACCUACAUGAACUGAAGCUAAAGUUGACCCUGAACUUCUACCAGAAGGUCAAACUCAUCAACUUCAUCCGCAGACAGAUUCACCAGUACACGUGUUACGGAUGUCAGGGAACAUGGAACACCAAGCAUGACCUCCUGGAACACAUGCACUCCAUGAGACACGUCAAUGACAUCCCCGACAUGCGGGUGUGGGACCAGCCUCAGUACUACUUUCCUACCUACGAGAAUGACAACCUUCUGUGCCAACUGGAUGAUGACGACAGUGAUGACAGAUCCUGCAGCACAGACGAUGGUGCACCUGUCAUUGCUGAGGAUCCAGUGAAAGACACCAUACUGACCGAUGAACAUCUUCGACAAGAAAUAAUGUGGUCAUGACCAGUCGCCAACAGAGCUGGAUGUACAUACAGUGUCAAUAUUCAUAAUUUAUUUGUAUGUAAAUACAAUCACAUGGGAACUUGGGUAUUAUGUCUUUUUUUCAUGUCCAGAUUAAAAAAAUCCUCGAACAA